UGAAGAACAUAGACCUAAAUAUGUCGUGUUUUCUGGUGAAGUUGAUCUCAUGUUUAAACUGAUUAUUUAGAGCAUUUUGUGAAUAACAUGUGAGGCGUCAUUGUUUACUCAAUGCAGUGCCUAAUUGGAGGGUCUAAUCGUAAUUGGGGAUUUAAUUAUACUGCUACUAGUAGUACUGCGAAUCCUGUAUAGUACAAAACUACGAUACUGCUAGACUAGGCAAGUGAUUGUAUGUAGAUAAGAAAAUAUAUCACGGUCGACCCAUCAUACUAGCGGUAUAAGUGGUGAAGAUCCACUACAAUUCAUUUUAAAGAGCUAAAGCUUUUUAUCGCUGUGCAAAGGCCUGCAGUUUAAACUGCUUUUAAAGUAGGCUACAUCCUUGCAUUUUUUUUUUUUUUUUUUUUUUUUUGCAAAGUUACUACAUUUUGACACGGAAGUAGGAGUUGAGAAGUUGAGAUGAAACCUGUUGGUAAACUACUUGGUUGGAGUUACAGUACUUUCUUUUAACAGCCAGUGAACAACUCGAUUUGAUUCUGCAUGGUUAUCAUAUAAUAACAAUAAUCUUUAUUGGUUCCAAGUACAGUUUAUAAAGGCUAUGACUAUAAACAGUUGCAUUAAUAGAUUACUAGUAAUGAUUUUAAUGUAUAUCUAUCUUUCACCUUCUUUCCCUCCCUUAUUAUAAUUGUUCUGUGUAUGCUAAAUUUACAACACGAAAGCACAGCUAACUAAAUAUUUCUGAUAAUAAGAGGAAAUAAAGUAACAUGAUAUCAGAGAAUUCCCAUGUGUGAACAUUAAUUGAAACUACCUUGAAUUCAUCCCAGUGAUGCUCCCACACAAAGGGUGUAAAAUAUUUAUAAAAUAACAGUUUGUUUUGAACAGGAUAAGAUCUGUAUUGAUUUCAGGAAACCACAUCAAUGGCUGACCCUUCAGAGGCAGGAGAAAUCAAUAAAAUAUAGAGCAUUUACUGGUACCAGCACAUCCAUGACUGGAUGGGCGUGUCCACUCUACACUUUUAACUUGGCUUCCACUCCACUGCCAGUAUGAACAGAAGAAACGGGCGCGUGGUGCGCGACCUGGCCCACGAGCUCCUCAGCAGCCGAGAGAGACAGGUCCUCAAGGACGCCAUCCAGUACUUUCAGCAGACCAAAUCUGUUCCCUCGCUCUGCGCUGCCAUGAAAAAGAUAAUCACCGACCCUCAGCGCACUCUGAUCCUAGUGGAGCUGACGUAUAUGAUGCCUCUGUCACUACAGGACGACUACUAUCACCUCUGCUGUUUGGAGUUCCCGUACUAUAAGCACGUGCUCUCCGUUAUGAUGCCGGAGGAGGUACGUAGCACAAGUCCAACAUCGAUGACCAUAGCUCAGAACGAGACUGGCUCGAUGAAGAUUUUGUCCAGUGAGGAAGGAAAGACUUUAAUCAUUGAGGAGGUUGGAGAGGGCAGAAAUGCGUUAGGUGAGAUAGACAAGCACAAUGUGUUAAGGAGGGAGGCGUAUACAACAAGAAAUGCCAUGGUUGAGAAACAUGAGCACAAUGCAGAGAAAGGAUCAGAUAAUAAAGACCAGCUGCACAACAAUAACACUGCAUCAUAUGGCAUGAUGAGAGAUAUUAGAUUAGACAUCAUGGCAUUAAAUGACAAAGAUGCCAGUUUACAAAAACAACAACAAAAGGGACAUUUUGGUCAUCAAAACUCCAAUACAACUGAAAAAAGAGAGAACAUUUCCGGUAAACAAUUCCAACACACAAACAACAGUAAACAUGGCACAGGAGAUGUAGAUCACACAUAUUUAAACAAUGAGCUCCGAGUGGCCAAUGAGAGCACAGAUUCACAAAUGAAUGAAGCACAAGCCAAUGAGACGAGUAGUGAGGUAAUUAGAAGAAAUCUGACCAAUGUGGGAGAGGAGAGAGUGAAAGUGGAGAUUCCCCCAGCUGACAGAGAUAAUAGUAAUGCAUCUCACAGGUUAGAGGAGCAGAGAGCAGCAGCAGCAGGUGCUUCGGACGAGGUCGACAUGAGAGUGUUGGGUCCUGGACUGGUCAAUGACAUUGUGGUUGAGAGAGUGGAGGGACAGAAUGAUCUUUCUGAUCGCUCUGCGCCUGGGCUGACCAGACAGUCUAAUUCCACCGUCAGGUCGGCACACCAUCAUGGUGAGGAAGGGGUGCAGGUCAGCAAUACAAAUACCUUAGCUGCAAGGACGUUACCAGGUUCUCAAAGAACAAAUCCAAACCUUGGUUUUAAUGAAAGACAGAGAAGUGCCGCAGGGAAAGGUGCAGUGAUACAACAGGCGGUGUCAAACACACACGCACAUGCACGUGGUGACAUUCGUAAAGUGGUGCUACACCGGUACCCAGGACAGAGUCUGGGGUUCUGUAUACGUGGAGGGUGCGAGAUGGGCGCUGGAAUCUUUAUCUCAGAGGUGGACGCAGGAGGACAAGCUGAGACCAAGGGUUUACUUGUUGGAGACCGCAUUGUGAAGGUGAAUGAAACAAGCUUCCGUAAGAUCUCGCACGAUGAGGCGGUGUUUUUCAUCAAGCAUUCUGAUGUUGUUAAGAUAUAUGUGACUUCACAGGAUUGUCAUAAAAUGCCAAGCAUUGAAGAGGCUGCCAAGAUCUGUAAAGAAAAGGCCCUAGUGGUCCAUGCUGACCCUGACGGCUGGCUGGGGUGCAGUAUUAGGGGGGGGAUAGACCAAGGCAGGGAGGUGAUCAUUUCCAAUGUGGACCCCCUGUCACCAGCCAUGAGGGCGGGGCUCAGGAAGGGGGACAGGAUCCUGAAGUUAAAUGGGUAUCCUGUGUUUGACAUGACUCACAUGGAGGUCAUUACCUUGGCAACAUCUGCUCCCAUAGUGCAUCUGGUGGUACAGCCAGUGUGUCAAAGGUCAAGGACGAGUUCAAGGUCAAAACCAAAGUCAAAGAAAACUGGAGAGUCAGCAGUGGCUCCAUCUAGGGAGGAACCUGAAAGGCUAAACAGUGAGCCCCAUCAACAACAUGGAGAAGAUAAUCACAUGACAGACACACACGAUCCUGUAAGUCAGCCCACUGUCACAGACUACUCUCCAACCCACCUGUCACGACCUGAAGAAAUACGACGUUAUGAACAACAUCUUGAGAGAACACCACCUGUGAUUGCCUCCACUCCUGUGCCAACUGACAUGCCAACACCUCUAGUUGCUAGGCGACAGCUCCAGUAUCCAGGCAACCAGGCAGAUGGUGCCGCAUCUCAAGAGGAAAUGGAAAUGUCCAUGAGCUUUGAAGAGACCAGUAUCACAUCCCCUCAAUUAGGUCACCAUGGUAACGGUGUUGCUAGGAGACACCAGGGAGUCAUGAAUGUUGCUAACAACCUUACAUCACAGGAUGUGUCAAACAAUGAUGGUGUCAGGCGGUGGCAAGAUGUCAUUGGCAAAGAACAGGAACUACAGGUGGCAACUAUGACCAUUCAUGAUGGGGACAGUGAUGUUGAAAGUAACAUGAUACCAGGGGGCAGCACAGGUAGCUCAACACCAGGGGGCAGCACAGCCAAUACAGCACCAAGGGGAGGUACUGAGGAGCAGAAAAGGGUUAAAAAGUACAUGUCUCAGACAAUCCGUCUUAACAUGGAUCAGCCAGAAAAGGGACUGAGCAGUGACCCUGCAAAGUACGAACCACUCAGUCCUGGAAAGUCGAGCCGGAGUAGUUUCCACGAACAUGUAAAAAAUGUCUUCAACUACAAUAUCCCAUCAAAUGGAGACCCUCACCCUGUGCCGGACGUGAGGGUCGAGGCUCCCCCGUUACCAGGCAACACUAAUCAGAGUCUGUCUAUUUCUGAAUGGGACGCUGUUGCUGGGUCACAUGAUCUAAAUAACAGCCGCGACAGUUCGGGGAGCCAGGCGUACACAGAUUUCACCACAAGUCAAAAUGUGACCAUUCUCCAGGUGAUGGAGGUUCUGGAGUCAGACGACCAGAAUUCCAUGUCAGGUCAGCAGGUGGCACCUCCAGUCAGGUCAAGGUCAGGUCUUGUGGGUGGCCAUUUUUGAGAAUCUCAUCCAUUGCUUUAACUCUCACAGGGCUUGUGGGCAGCAAUUUUAGAGAAACAGAUAUAAAAAUAAAUAAUGUCAGAAGCCUGUAUUGGACAGUGAAGAUAACAGGGCCACUUGCAGCAAAAUAAAAGGAGCAGGUCUAACAGAGAUGAUACUUAUUUAAUGGUAAUAACUGAACAGUGUCUGAUGAAGAUAACACACACAUAGCAGCAACAAGAACUUCAUCCCCUGACAAUUAAAAGAUUAGGUACUUACUGGCCUAUAAAAUAUUGAAAUGUUGAACAUUUCUUACAUUAUUGUCGUUGAUUGGCAACGCUUUGCAGACUGUUAUUUCCGGCUGCUCUCUUUGCCAUUUGAUCUGUCAGCUUGCUUCUGCGUUCAUUUAUCAAAAAGGUGCUUUUUAUACCGUGUCUCCAUGUUUCCUGUUUGGUUUUGCAUUCUACAUACCUAAUAGUAUGUAUAUAUGUUGUGUACAGUAUAAAUAUUGUAUAAAUGUAUUGAAAUUGCAGUAUUUACUAUCUCCUGUUCUAGUUUAAAAUGAAAUUAAUGUAUCAUUUCUCAGACAGGUGCUUUCACUGUUCUCUACUACUGUGUAUGACCAAAUAGGCUGUUAACAGACACGCACUGCAAAGUAUCAAGGUUUCAAACAUUAGGGCUUCAUUGAUUACAUUUACAUCAAUGUUUUAUUAUAAUACAUAUCCACAUUAAAUAUUGGUAGCUAUAAAAAGACAUAUAAUUAUAUCAAAAAGGUUGCUACUUUCUGCCUCAUGUAAAUAGCUUAUAAUCAAAAGUGAAUUACCUUUUUCAUACAUUUCAAAAUUCUUUAAUUUUAUUAACAAAAAAUCUUAUUCAGUGGGCACUGUUCAUUUCGAUGCACCUGAAUUAAGUAAAGGACAUGCAACAGUUUGUUAUUUGUAAGAACAGUUAAAUAAACUGGCUGCACUGUGCUGUUCAGUUGAUUCAUUACUUAAAG